UGCAGGCUGCCCGCAGCCACACCUUCCAGAACUUUCCCUAGACGCUCUCCCUGGCGGAGGUAGGAGGACCCCUCGAGAAUUCAAAUCCCAUCCCAAAAUUUUCCAAGCAGAAGCAACGACCGCCGCUUCCCUCUCCACUCCUCCUCCGCGCCUCCCUCCAAAACUCGAAUCGAACCUAGCGAACCUCCCCCACACCAAAUCCCCCAAAUCCGGAGGCAUCCGCAGAUCGCCGGGCCCGAUGAAGACGGCGGGGGAGGAGGCCGCGGCGGCAGGCGAGGAGCUGGAGCCGCUCUUCGAGUACAAGCGGGUGCAGCCCACCAUCAGCUUCCACUUCGACGACAGCGACUUGGAGAAGGCGGACAUCUUCAGGCACUGCAACAAGCGCCCCCGGGUCGACGCCGACGCCGCCGCGGAGGAGGGGGGUAAGCCUGACGAGAAGGGCGCCCCCGCCAAGGUGGUUGAUGUCGACGAGGACGAGGAGGAUUGGUUGCUCCCGCCGCCGCCCAAGGCCGCGUUCAAGCCCCCAGCAGAGGAGGACAGCGCGUUGCGGGAACUGAGAUUAAAGAAACAAGAGUUUGCAAAGUUUGCUGAAUCAGCACACGAUAUAUUGCAAGAGUUAGAUGCUACUACCAAGAAACAAGUUGGGCCCAAGGAACCACCUGAACAGAUAGUUCUAGAUGAGGAAUCUGAACCAGAAGUAGAGAAAGCCAGGGGAAAGAUAGUCAUAUCAAUUCAAGACAAGGAUGGGAAGCAACAGUUCCGUGUAUACAAGGACGAGAAGUUUGACAAGCUUCUCAAGGCGUAUGCCAAGAAGGCCAAACUUAACCCAUCCAAUCUGGUCUUCGUGUUUGAUGGCGAGAAAAUUAACCCAUCAUCUACACCUGAGGACCUUGAUCUGGAGGACGACGACAUGAUUGAGGUGUGCCACAAGCGACGCUGAGGGCUAGGAGCUCUGCUGGUCGUUUUUUAUGUCAGUCAUAGGCAGACUCAGUUCUCUUUUGCUAGUUCCAGUUAUCUUUUGGUUUCUAAAGUUUGUUGUCUAUAUUCAUAUAGCAAAGACAUGUCAAGUAAUUGUAUGUAGUCCAGCUUUUGUCCAGUUCCAGGAAUAGUUGGUUACCAUUGUUCUGCU